AUGGCCAAGACCGCGGUGAACCAAGACGCCCCAACCAAAUCGCCAUGGCCCGUCCGGAAGCCCGACACAAUGAGCCGUCCCCUUGAUAAUAUCCUGCAUAGACCUGAAAAGUUCGAUGCAACAACUGAAAGCAGGGCUAUGUAUGCGAGCUCCAGUGUCCCGAGAACUCAAAUAAUACGGCCAAGAGAUCAGAUGAACUGGCCAACUGGAAAUUCUCAUGUGGGAACAAUAACUGGAACGACGUAUCAAGGAGGUACUGGAGAGAGGUAUGCUGCUACAAGACCAAAAGAUGGGAUUGAUCGUCCGACUGAUUCACUUGACUCCACCACAAUCAAUCGGUCAACGUAUCAAGGAGGUACUGGAGAGAGGUAUGCUGCUGCAAGACCAAAAGAUGGGAUUGAUCGUCCGACUGAUUCACUUGACUCCACCACAAUCAAUCGGUCAACGUAUCAAGGAGGUACUGGAGAGAGGUAUGCUGCUACAAGACCAAAAGAUGGGAUUGAUCGUCCGACUGAUUCACUUGACUCCACCACAAUCAAUCGGUCAACGUAUCAAGGAGGUACUGGAGAGAGGUAUGCUGCUACAAGACCGAAGGAUACGAUUGAUCGCCCGACUGAUUCACUUGACUCCACCACCAUCAAUCGGUCAACGUAUCAAGGAGGUACUGGAGAGAGGUAUGCUGCUGCAAGACCAAAAGAUGGGAUUGAUCGUCCGACUGAUUCACUUGACUCCACCACAAUCAAUCGGUCAACGUAUCAAGGAGGUACUGGAGAGAGGUAUGCUGCUACAAGACCGAAGGAUACGAUUGAUCGUCCGACUGAUUCACUUGACUCCACCACAAUCAAUCGGUCAACGUAUCAAGGAGGUACUGGAGAGAGGUAUGCUGCUGCAAGACCAAAAGAUGGGAUUGAUCGUCCGACUGAUUCACUUGACUCCACCACAAUCAAUCGGUCAACGUAUCAAGGAGGUACUGGAGAGAGGUAUGCUGCUACAAGACCGAAGGAUACGAUUGAUCGCCCGACUGAUUCACUUGACUCCACCACCAUCAAUCGGUCAACGUAUCAAGGAGGUACUGGAGAGAGGUAUGCUGCUGCAAGACCAAAAGAUGGGAUUGAUCGUCCGACUGAUUCACUUGACUCCACCACAAUCAAUCGGUCAACGUAUCAAGGAGGUACUGGAGAGAGGUAUGCUGCUACAAGACCGAAGGAUACGAUUGAUCGUCCGACUGAUUCACUUGACUCCACCACAAUCAAUCGGUCAACGUAUCAAGGAGGUACUGGAGAGAGGUAUGCUGCUACAAGACCAAAAGAUGGGAUUGAUCGUCCGACUGAUUCACUUGACUCCACCACAAUCAAUCGCUCAACGUAUCAAGGAGGUACUGGAGAGAGGUAUGCUGCUACAAGACCGAAGGAUACGAUUGAUCGUCCGACUGAUUCACUUGACUCCACCACAAUCAAUCGGUCAACGUAUCAAGGAGGUACUGGAGAGAGGUAUGCUGCUACAAGACCGAAGGAUACGAUUGAUCGCCCGACUGAUUCACUUGACUCCACCACAAUCAAUCGGUCAACGUAUCAAGGAGGUACUGGAGAGAGGUAUGCUGCUGCAAGACCGAAGGAUACGAUUGAUCGUCCGACUGAUUCACUUGACUCCACCACAAUCAAUCGGUCAACGUAUCAAGGAGGUACUGGAGAGAGGUAUGCUGCUGCAAGACCAAAAGAUGGGAUUGAUCGUCCGACUGAUUCACUUGACUCCACCACAAUCAAUCGGUCAACGUAUCAAGGAGGUACUGGAGAGAGGUAUGCUGCUGCAAGACCAAAAGAUGGGAUUGAUCGUCCGACUGAUUCACUUGACUCCACCACAAUCAAUCGGUCAACGUAUCAAGGAGGUACUGGAGAGAGGUAUGCUGCUACAAGACCAAAAGAUGGGAUUGAUCGUCCGACUGAUUCACUUGACUCCACCACCAUCAAUCGGUCAACGUAUCAAGGAGGUACUGGAGAGAGGUAUGCUGCUACAAGACCAAAAGAUGGGAUUGAUCGUCCGACUGAUUCACUUGAUUCCACCACAAUCAAUCGGUCAACGUAUCAAGGAGGUACUGGAGAGAGGUAUGCUGCUGCAAGACCAAAAGAUGGGAUUGAUCGUCCGACUGAUUCACUUGACUCCACCACAAUCAAUCGGUCAACGUAUCAAGGAGGUACUGGAGAGAGGUAUGCUGCUACAAGACCAAAAGAUGGGAUUGAUCGUCCGACUGAUUCACUUGACUCCACCACCAUCAAUCGGUCAACGUAUCAAGGAGGUACUGGAGAGAGGUAUGCUGCUGCAAGACCAAAAGAUGGGAUUGAUCGUCCGACUGAUUCACUUGACUCCACCACAAUCAAUCGGUCAACGUAUCAAGGAGGUACUGGAGAGAGGUAUGCUGCUACAAGACCGAAGGAUACGAUUGAUCGUCCGACUGAUUCACUUGACUCCACCACAAUCAAUCGGUCAACGUAUCAAGGAGGUACUGGAGAGAGGUAUGCUGCUGCAAGACCAAAAGAUGGGAUUGAUCGUCCGACUGAUUCACUUGACUCCACCACAAUCAAUCGGUCAACGUAUCAAGGAGGUACUGGAGAGAGGUAUGCUGCUGCAAGACCAAAAGAUGGGAUUGAUCGUCCGACUGAUUCACUUGACUCCACCACAAUCAAUCGGUCAACGUAUCAAGGAGGUACUGGAGAGAGGUAUGCUGCUACAAGACCAAAAGAUGGGAUUGAUCGUCCGACUGAUUCACUUGACUCCACCACCAUCAAUCGGUCAACGUAUCAAGGAGGUACUGGAGAGAGGUAUGCUGCUACAAGACCAAAAGAUGGGAUUGAUCGUCCGACUGAUUCACUUGAUUCCACCACAAUCAAUCGGUCAACGUAUCAAGGAGGUACUGGAGAGAGGUAUGCUGCUACAAGACCAAAAGAUGGGAUUGAUCGUCCGACUGAUUCACUUGACUCCACCACAAUCAAUCGGUCAACGUAUCAAGGAGGUACUGGAGAGAGGUAUGCUGCUACAAGACCGAAGGAUACGAUUGAUCGUCCGACUGAUUCACUUGACUCCACCACAAUCAAUCGGUCAACGUAUCAAGGAGGUACUGGAGAGAGGUAUGCUGCUACAAGACCAAAAGAUGGGAUUGAUCGUCCGACUGAUUCACUUGACUCCACCACAAUCAAUCGGUCAACGUAUCAAGGAGGUACUGGAGAGAGGUAUGCUGCUACAAGACCGAAGGAUACGAUUGAUCGUCCGACUGAUUCACUUGACUCCACCACAAUCAAUCGGUCAACGUAUCAAGGAGGUACUGGAGAGAGGUAUGCUGCUGCAAGACCAAAAGAUGGGAUUGAUCGUCCGACUGAUUCACUUGACUCCACCACAAUCAAUCGGUCAACGUAUCAAGGAGGUACUGGAGAGAGGUAUGCUGCUACAAGACCGAAGGAUACGAUUGAUCGUCCGACUGAUUCACUUGACUCCACCACCAUCAAUCGGUCAACGUAUCAAGGAGGUACUGGAGAGAGGUAUGCUGCUGCAAGACCAAAAGAUGGGAUUGAUCGUCCGACUGAUUCACUUGACUCCACCACAAUCAAUCGGUCAACGUAUCAAGGAGGUACUGGAGAGAGGUAUGCUGCUACAAGACCAAAAGAUGGGAUUGAUCGUCCGACUGAUUCACUUGACUCCACCACAAUCAAUCGGUCAACGUAUCAAGGAGGUACUGGAGAGAGGUAUGCUGCUACAAGACCGAAGGAUACGAUUGAUCGUCCGACUGAUUCACUUGACUCCACCACAAUCAAUCGGUCAACGUAUCAAGGAGGUACUGGAGAGAGGUAUGCUGCUACAAGACCAAAAGAUGGGAUUGAUCGUCCGACUGAUUCACUUGACUCCACCACAAUCAAUCGGUCAACGUAUCAAGGAGGUACUGGAGAGAGGUAUGCUGCUACAAGACCAAAAGAUGGGAUUGAUCGUCCGACUGAUUCACUUGACUCCACCACAAUCAAUCGGUCAACGUAUCAAGGAGGUACUGGAGAGAGGUAUGCUGCUACAAGACCGAAGGAUACGAUUGAUCGUCCGACUGAUUCACUUGACUCCACCACAAUCAAUCGGUCAACGUAUCAAGGAGGUACUGGAGAGAGGUAUGCUGCUACAAGACCGAAGGAUACGAUUGAUCGUCCGACUGAUUCACUUGACUCCACCACAAUCAAUCGGUCAACGUAUCAAGGAGGUACUGGAGAGAGGUAUGCUGCUACAAGACCAAAAGAUGGGAUUGAUCGUCCGACUGAUUCACUUGACUCCACCACAAUCAAUCGGUCAACGUAUCAAGGAGGUACUGGAGAGAGGUAUGCUGCUACAAGACCGAAGGAUACGAUUGAUCGUCCGACUGAUUCACUUGACUCCACCACAAUCAAUCGGUCAACGUAUCAAGGAGGUACUGGAGAGAGGUAUGCUGCUGCAAGACCAAAAGAUGGGAUUGAUCGUCCGACUGAUUCACUUGACUCCACCACAAUCAAUCGGUCAACGUAUCAAGGAGGUACUGGAGAGAGGUAUGCUGCUACAAGACCGAAGGAUACGAUUGAUCGUCCGACUGAUUCACUUGACUCCACCACCAUCAAUCGGUCAACGUAUCAAGGAGGUACUGGAGAGAGGUAUGCUGCUGCAAGACCAAAAGAUGGGAUUGAUCGUCCGACUGAUUCACUUGACUCCACCACAAUCAAUCGGUCAACGUAUCAAGGAGGUACUGGAGAGAGGUAUGCUGCUGCAAGACCAAAAGAUGGGAUUGAUCGUCCGACUGAUUCACUUGACUCCACCACAAUCAAUCGGUCAACGUAUCAAGGAGGUACUGGAGAGAGGUAUGCUGCUGCAAGACCGAAGGAUACGAUUGAUCGUCCGACUGAUUCACUUGACUCCACCACAAUCAAUCGGUCAACGUAUCAAGGAGGUACUGGAGAGAGGUAUGCUGCUGCAAGACCAAAAGAUGGGAUUGAUCGUCCGACUGAUUCACUUGACUCCACCACAAUCAAUCGGUCAACGUAUCAAGGAGGUACUGGAGAGAGGUAUGCUGCUGCAAGACCAAAAGAUGGGAUUGAUCGUCCGACUGAUUCACUUGACUCCACCACAAUCAAUCGGUCAACGUAUCAAGGAGGUACUGGAGAGAGGUAUGCUGCUACAAGACCAAAAGAUGGGAUUGAUCGUCCGACUGAUUCACUUGACUCCACCACCAUCAAUCGGUCAACGUAUCAAGGAGGUACUGGAGAGAGGUAUGCUGCUACAAGACCAAAAGAUGGGAUUGAUCGUCCGACUGAUUCACUUGAUUCCACCACAAUCAAUCGGUCAACGUAUCAAGGAGGUACUGGAGAGAGGUAUGCUGCUGCAAGACCAAAAGAUGGGAUUGAUCGUCCGACUGAUUCACUUGACUCCACCACAAUCAAUCGGUCAACGUAUCAAGGAGGUACUGGAGAGAGGUAUGCUGCUACAAGACCAAAAGAUGGGAUUGAUCGUCCGACUGAUUCACUUGACUCCACCACCAUCAAUCGGUCAACGUAUCAAGGAGGUACUGGAGAGAGGUAUGCUGCUGCAAGACCAAAAGAUGGGAUUGAUCGUCCGACUGAUUCACUUGACUCCACCACAAUCAAUCGGUCAACGUAUCAAGGAGGUACUGGAGAGAGGUAUGCUGCUACAAGACCGAAGGAUACGAUUGAUCGUCCGACUGAUUCACUUGACUCCACCACAAUCAAUCGGUCAACGUAUCAAGGAGGUACUGGAGAGAGGUAUGCUGCUGCAAGACCAAAAGAUGGGAUUGAUCGUCCGACUGAUUCACUUGACUCCACCACAAUCAAUCGGUCAACGUAUCAAGGAGGUACUGGAGAGAGGUAUGCUGCUGCAAGACCAAAAGAUGGGAUUGAUCGUCCGACUGAUUCACUUGACUCCACCACAAUCAAUCGGUCAACGUAUCAAGGAGGUACUGGAGAGAGGUAUGCUGCUACAAGACCAAAAGAUGGGAUUGAUCGUCCGACUGAUUCACUUGACUCCACCACCAUCAAUCGGUCAACGUAUCAAGGAGGUACUGGAGAGAGGUAUGCUGCUACAAGACCAAAAGAUGGGAUUGAUCGUCCGACUGAUUCACUUGAUUCCACCACAAUCAAUCGGUCAACGUAUCAAGGAGGUACUGGAGAGAGGUAUGCUGCUACAAGACCGAAGGAUACGAUUGAUCGUCCGACUGAUUCACUUGACUCCACCACAAUCAAUCGGUCAACGUAUCAAGGAGGUACUGGAGAGAGGUAUGCUGCUACAAGACCGAAGGAUACGAUUGAUCGUCCGACUGAUUCACUUGACUCCACCACAAUCAAUCGGUCAACGUAUCAAGGAGGUACUGGAGAGAGGUAUGCUGCUACAAGACCAAAAGAUGGGAUUGAUCGUCCGACUGAUUCACUUGACUCCACCACAAUCAAUCGGUCAACGUAUCAAGGAGGUACUGGAGAGAGGUAUGCUGCUACAAGACCGAAGGAUACGAUUGAUCGUCCGACUGAUUCACUUGACUCCACCACAAUCAAUCGGUCAACGUAUCAAGGAGGUACUGGAGAGAGGUAUGCUGCUACAAGACCGAAGGAUACGAUUGAUCGUCCGACUGAUUCACUUGACUCCACCACAAUCAAUCGGUCAACGUAUCAAGGAGGUACUGGAGAGAGGUAUGCUGCUGCAAGACCAAAAGAUGGGAUUGAUCGUCCGACUGAUUCACUUGACUCCACCACAAUCAAUCGGUCAACGUAUCAAGGAGGUACUGGAGAGAGGUAUGCUGCUACAAGACCAAAAGAUGGGAUUGAUCGUCCGACUGAUUCACUUGACUCCACCACCAUCAAUCGGUCAACGUAUCAAGGAGGUACUGGAGAGAGGUAUGCUGCUACAAGACCAAAAGAUGGGAUUGAUCGUCCGACUGAUUCACUUGAUUCCACCACAAUCAAUCGGUCAACGUAUCAAGGAGGUACUGGAGAGAGGUAUGCUGCUACAAGACCGAAGGAUACGAUUGAUCGUCCGACUGAUUCACUUGACUCCACCACAAUCAAUCGGUCAACGUAUCAAGGAGGUACUGGAGAGAGGUAUGCUGCUACAAGACCGAAGGAUACGAUUGAUCGUCCGACUGAUUCACUUGACUCCACCACAAUCAAUCGGUCAACGUAUCAAGGAGGUACUGGAGAGAGGUAUGCUGCUACAAGACCAAAAGAUGGGAUUGAUCGUCCGACUGAUUCACUUGACUCCACCACAAUCAAUCGGUCAACGUAUCAAGGAGGUACUGGAGAGAGGUAUGCUGCUACAAGACCGAAGGAUACGAUUGAUCGUCCGACUGAUUCACUUGACUCCACCACAAUCAAUCGGUCAACGUAUCAAGGAGGUACUGGAGAGAGGUAUGCUGCUACAAGACCGAAGGAUACGAUUGAUCGUCCGACUGAUUCACUUGACUCCACCACAAUCAAUCGGUCAACGUAUCAAGGAGGUACUGGAGAGAGGUAUGCUGCUGCAAGACCAAAAGAUGGGAUUGAUCGUCCGACUGAUUCACUUGACUCCACCACAAUCAAUCGGUCAACGUAUCAAGGAGGUACUGGAGAGAGGUAUGCUGCUACAAGACCAAAAGAUGGGAUUGAUCGUCCGACUGAUUCACUUGACUCCACCACCAUCAAUCGGUCAACGUAUCAAGGAGGUACUGGAGAGAGGUAUGCUGCUGCAAGACCAAAAGAUGGGAUUGAUCGUCCGACUGAUUCACUUGACUCCACCACAAUCAAUCGGUCAACGUAUCAAGGAGGUACUGGAGAGAGGUAUGCUGCUACAAGACCAAAAGAUGGGAUUGAUCGUCCGACUGAUUCACUUGACUCCACCACAAUCAAUCGGUCAACGUAUCAAGGAGGUACUGGAGAGAGGUAUGCUGCUGCAAGACCAAAAGAUGGGAUUGAUCGUCCGACUGAUUCACUUGACUCCACCACAAUCAAUCGGUCAACGUAUCAAGGAGGUACUGGAGAGAGGUAUGCUGCUACAAGACCAAAAGAUGGGAUUGAUCGUCCGACUGAUUCACUUGACUCCACCACAAUCAAUCGGUCAACGUAUCAAGGAGGUACUGGAGAGAGGUAUGCUGCUACAAGACCAAAAGAUGGGAUUGAUCGUCCGACUGAUUCACUUGACUCCACCACAAUCAAUCGGUCAACGUAUCAAGGAGGUGUUGGAGAGCGGUCAAACGUGGUGAAACAUGACAGUACAAUUGACUUCGGCUCCGGGAAAGUAACAGAUCAAUCCGUAUCAAGAUUGACCUACACCCAAUUUCCCAUUGAACGAAUGUCUUUGUCUGUCCCUGUCGAGAAAUGGAUAUCAGCUGGAUUGUCGUUCCCAACAGAGUAUCUCACUGAACAACGAAGUUCCUUCCGUCCGAAACCUGCAAACUCUGAAUCUCCAGCCGUAAGAAUUGUCAGUUCUAAGAAAAGAACGCCUAACCAUAUGUUUUUGUAUUAA